UCCCCACGCGCAUGCGCUUUGAGGCGCCCCAUCAUGGCGGACAACGUCUGGCCGAACUAUGCCAGGACUUCAAAAGGUGUCAUUCUGGACAUGUGUGGAGUUUUGUACGACAGCGGGGAGGGCGACGGCGUGGCUAUUCCCGGCUCCGUCGAAGCCGUGAAGAAGCUCAAAGCUUCCGACCUGAAGCUGCGGUUCUGCACCAAUGAAACUCAGGCUUCCAGGGUGAAGUUUGUCGCCAAAUUGCAAAGAUUGGGCUUUGACAUUUCUGUGGCGGAGGUCUUCUCUCCCGCGCCGGCUGCAGUGGCUGUGCUGAGGAAGAGAGGGCUGCGGCCCCACCUGCUGGUUUACGACGGGCUCCUCCCCGAAUUCGACAGCGUGGACAAGAGCGACCCGAACUGCGUUGUGAUUGGCGACGCGGCCAAAAAGUUCUCUUACGAGAACCUGAACAAGGCCUUCAGGGUCCUGAUGGGCCUGGAGAAGCCGCUGCUGUUCUCUCUCGGCAAAGGGAAGUACUACAAGGAGACGGAUGGUUUGAAGCUGGAUGUGGGCGUUUACAUGAAGGCUCUGGAGUAUGCUUGCGACGUGGAGGCCGAAGUCAUCGGGAAGCCGUCAGCGCAGUUCUUCCAGAGUGUUCUCGACGACAUGGGGCUGCAGUCGCACGAGGUGGUGAUGAUCGGCGAUGAUCUGGUGAAUGACGUGGGCGGCGCCCAACAAUGCGGAAUGAAAGGCGUGCAAGUCAGGACGGGCAAAUACAGGCCCAGCGACGAGAGUCACCCGACGGUGACGGCUGACGGAACGGUGGACAACCUGGCCCAGGCGGUGGACGUGAUCCUCAGUCAGAGACGCUGAGAGCAAGGUCUUGGAGGGGGGGAAGAAAAAAAAGAAAAUGCCCGGCAGGUUCCACAAGUAACGCUAAAUCCCUGGUAGGUCAGUCCAGUUCACCGUGAAUGUGUCAGUGCAUGAAUGGCAUAGAUGGAAUACCUCUGUCUGAUGUGGAUGUGCCUGAGAGGAGCUGCCGACUGACACAGUGACACUCAUGUUACUGUCAGGCCGGAAGCGUCCAGCUAAAGACGUCGCUAACUAGUCUGGGUAGCUUUUCGACAAUACUGUAAUGUCGAGUCUCAAGCCGGAUAAAGACAUGGAAUAAACCAGUUGGAGUAUUGGAACAAAGAGUGUUUCCAACAAAA